AUGUGUAGCUGUCUUACUGAGAAAAGGAAAAUUGUAAAUCAAAUAAAGAAGCUGCUGGUGUUCUCAAAAUAAUGGAGUCCAGACCUCAACACUGGGACUGAUUAUGGUGAAUGAGGCCACUGUGCAUCUUUUGAGCCCUCCUCAACUCUGACGGUAUCACCUUAAAUAAUUGAAAAAUAGAUCUGAAAAAUAACUUUAAUAAAUAACUUGUGUUUUUUCAUGUUUGAACAGCACUGGAAAAAUUAUGUACAAACAAAAUGUUUCAUUCUCAUUUAAUGCACAAUAGCAUUUUUUGCACAUUAUUAGUGUUUGGGGUUUUUAGUUAUUUACAUGCAGUGGCAGGGUGUGGGCUAAGGUACCUUUAUUUCAUUUAUUUAGUCAUUACAUAUUCAAGGCAUUUAAUUCAUUUUUUCAUUUGCAGUGGAUAGUCCCCAAUCUGAACCAUGUCCAGCUUUGUGGCCUAAGGCUUCUCCAGGCCCCUGGCAGUUAGAGGCCCCUGGUUAUGGGCUCUGUUGGCCUGGCCAGUAAUCCAUCCCUGCUUCAAAAUCACUGAAUGUAUUUGAGAUUACUUGAAUCAAGAGAAACAGAAAAUGGAAAAUCCCUGCGGAUUUCUUGGAAAAACUGAACGCAUAUCUACUAAAGUUUGUAAUAAAGGCGAAGGGUGGCCACACUAAGUGCUGACAAAGGUUAUAUUUAUUUAUUUGUUGAGGCUUCUGUGGAAUUUUCUGUUAAAUAUAGUAUAACAUGUUCAAGAAAUGUGUACAUGUUUAUUCUAGGUUAUCUGUUCUACAGCAGUUAGACAGCAGUUCUCUGGGUAUAUUCUGACUCUUGUCUGAAGUCAGUCAGUUCUCAGUUCUGAGUGAGUGCAGGGCCAGUUUAUGAGGAGCCUGGCCUCUUCCUAUUUCCACCGUUAUAUCAAAAACAUGACUGCAAAACUCCAGAGAGUUGAGCGAGUCCUCAGUGAAUGGGAGUAAAUGGAGCUAAACAGCUAAAAAUAAAAACUUUAAAUAGUUUCUAAUCACUCACCCAGAACUUUUAAGGGCUGAAGCCUCUGCAGAGCUGAAGAAAGUUCCUUUUUUCCCUCAUAGCUGCCAUGUUGGGAGUCAUAAGACAAAGCACCCCAAACUUCCCCUUUCACACGCACACAGCUGCUCAUACGUAGUUUUACAGUCACCAGAUCAUGAGGAAGCCACGGAGCACUCAACAACAUGCUAGUUCUUUUUUCGUCACGUCCAUAGCAGUUUUCAGUCGGGAGGAAGAAUGCUUCUGUUCUGGUGUUUCUGUUCGAUUUUCCUUCACCUGUUCCCCUCAGGUUAUCUGUGCGAGGCAAACCUAACCUGCUUAAAUGAAGAAGGAAAGCCUGUGGACUGGUUCAUGAUGUACAAGAUGCCCAAAUAUAAGAAGGGUGAGGUGGGAAGUGGAGUUGAUUACAUGUAUUUGGAUCCUUCUAUGCUGAACUGGCAGUUAAGUAGAUAUGCGGUGAACAUGAGUGAAGGGGCAGUGGGUAGAACACUGAGCCAGCUCUACCACAGAUAUGAGUCAAACAGUUCUGCAUACAUGCUCUACAACGACGCUCCUCCAGUACUGAAGUACAAGAAUAAUUACGGACACACAAAAGGGGCACUGCUGUUUGACCGGUCUCAAGGAUUCUGGCUAACACACAGUGUUCCACACUUUCCUCCCUUCCCUGAAAUGGGUUUUGGCUACCCUUCCACCGGUAAACUCUUCGGGCAGACUGUUCAGUGUACAACCUACAGCUACAAACAAUUCCAAAAAAUAUCACAACAACUGGCGUACAUCAAUCCCCGUGUAUAUAACUGCUCAGUGCCGGCAGCAUAUGACACAGACAUGGCAGCCAUGGCACAGAUCUGUGCUGGCAAGACCCCAACCGUAGCCCCCAGGAGAAAGCUGGAGAAGCUGGAGUCAGUUCAGGGAGAGAUUUUCCUCAGUUUUGCCAAAUCACACAGCUACGUUGAUGACAUUUACACAGGCUGGAUAGCACAGACACUGAAGACUGACCUGCUGGUGGAAACGUGGCAACGGGAGGCUCACCAGCUCCCUUCCAACUGCUCACUUCCGUUCCAUGUCAUGAACAUCAAGUGGGUCCGUCUACCAGAGAACGUCACUUUCAGCUCCUAUGACGAUCACGCCAAGUGGUGUGUUUCCCUGGAAUAUAAAGCUCAAUGGACUUGUCUGGGGGACCUGAACAGAGAGAGCACACAGGCUUUUAGAGGUGGUGGCCUUAUCUGUUCACAAAAUCCAGCCGUCUACAAAGCCUUCCGCCAGGCUGUGGCCUGGUUUAAAAGCUGUUAGAAGCACAUUUACUGUGUGAAGAUGUAAUGGGACAAGAAAACUUAAAUGGCCAGGGCCCGCUGGCGGGCUCAAAGUUUUAUUACACAACUCUCAAACCUAAGAAUCGCUUCACCAGUUUGCAUUGACAUCCCUGUAGUAACUGAAUAAUAAGCUUCAGUAUGUCAUAAGCCCAGGAUUUUAAAAGGUUAAGCUAACUUCAAGGAAUCUUUUUCUUAUAGUGAGUGAAUGAGAAAACCACAUUAAUAGUUAAACACUCUUAAAAAUAAAGGUGCCAAAGAGUUCUUUGUCACGGUACAUUAGAAAGACCACUUUUGGUUUCAAAUCUUUCAAUGGAAAGUUCUUUAAAAAAAGCACUUCUGUAACUGAAAUGUGUGAGUGUGAAGAACCUGGUGUAAAGGUUCUAUACCGAUUAAAAG